GCUUGACGCUUCGGCCCUCACCCUCACGAUGGCUUCCCUUGCCUCCCUGGCCAGCGGUUCCGACUUGGCCCUAGCCUGCACUUGGGCCGCCUUAGCUACGGCGUGCCCCUGCCGCCAGCCUUCAGAUAUCGACGUCAACCACCCAUAGAGUGCCGGCCUGCUUAUCUCGGGAACCCGCCCAUCCGCCCGCCAGCCCUUUUCGCCGUUUUAGAUGUGUAUUUGACAUACCGAUAGGCUUGGGCUAUUGUUGGUCCUUGUCCAUGCCCGCCACAUGCCACGCGCGACCCAGAAGGCGGCACGUUUUCCAGACCGGCAACCAUGCGGGCACUGGAUCAGCAGCGCAUCGGCAACACCACUACGCAAGUACAGCGGUCAUCCCAAGGAACCACCGGACAAACGCCCCCCUCCAGCGAGUCCAGCCUCGGACGCACGAACCCGCCGCAAGCAAACGCUCUCCCGUGGCCUAUCAGUGGACACCAGCCAAAGGUCAAGCCAAGGUCAAUCGGCUUCCAGACCCCUGGACUGGACUUGGCUGGACCCGAACCUGGACCCGGGACUCUAGAAGCCCCCUAAAACGCUCUGGCAUCUCGGACAUCGAAAGGAAUGGACUCGGCUGGGCUGGUGCAGAAAAACGAACAGCCCAGUGCCCCCAAACCACCCGCAGAACAGGGCGGAGGAAAACAUUUAACCGGUCAAAUCGCGAAGUCGAACCGCCGGCGCGAGCCCGUUCUGGUCAUGGCCUGCAAGUUCUCUCUGCACAGCCAGGCAGGGAUGCGUGGGUUUUCGCACUCGCCCGAUCCCACGGCCAGGAACCUGCACGCAGGCGACGUAAACAGGGAACAGGACUGUGGUUCUUUUUUCCUUCUCUGUGACAGCUCGUCGCCAUCGAUCCAUCCCUCAGCAACGACAAACCGCCCCGGUCUAGACUGAGGCCGGUGUCGCUGUAAGAAAGCACCGAGAUGACGAGACGC